AUGGCCUCUUAUGAUUUCAAAAUCACAGAGGACUGGCUCGUCUGUAACACAUGUGGAACUCAGUUCCCUACAGCGGACCGGAACGAAGUGAAGACGUGCAAGAUCUGUGAUGAUCCUAGACAGUACACGCCUCCGUCUGGACAGAGCUUCACGACCUUGAAGGACAUCCGUUCCAAGCACAAGAAUGAAUUUCAUUCCUACGCAGCCGAUGACCGCAUGACCUUCAUCGUCAGCUCGCCGAAAGUCGGCAUCGGCCAGCGAGCCUGCUUGAUCAAGACACCAGCUGGCUACAUCAUGUGGGACUGCAUCAGCCUGCUAGAUAAGGACACCAUAUCGCACAUCAACUCCCUUGGCGGUCUGAAAGCUAUCGUUAUAUCUCAUCCCCAUUACUACUCCACCCACCUCGAGUGGGCCAAGGCCUUCAAUUGCCCCGUGUACAUUGCAGCGGAGGACAAGGUGUGGACGACUCAGACUUCCCCAGCCCAGGUGCUCCUCGACACGAUCGAGCGUGAGAUUGAGGUUGACGGUGUCAAGACAGGCGCCAAGGCAAUCAAGCUCGGUGGUCAUUUCCCCGGAAGCUUGGUGUUGCUUUUCGGAGGCCAUCUCCUGAUCGCUGAUACUCUCCUGACAACUCCUUCUGGCAUGGGAAGCUGGGAGACGGACGCACUGGGGAAUCCUCGAAGUCGUCCAGAGGGCAUGAACUCUUUCUCCUUCAUGUGGAGUAUCCCUAACUUCAUUCCUCUAUCAGCAGAUGAGAUAGCGAGAAUGUGGAGCAUUUUGAAGGACUAUGAAUUCAAAAGCACACACGGCGCGUUCUUGACACAGGACAUUGAGGCUGCAGAUAUCAAGAAGCGCGUUUUGGAUAGCAUGCAGAUUCAGACCAAGUUCAUGGGCUGGACUGAACAUCCUUUUAUGAAGGAGUCUCUAUGA